AUGUCGUCUACUUCCACGAGAGUGGCCAUAAUCACGGGCGGCGGUUCCGGCAUGGGCUUCGCAGUCGCGAAAAGACUCGCAGAGGAGGGCUGGCACCUGACUAUCGUGGAUCUCAACGAGAGCCAGGGCGUCAAAGCGGCUGACGAGCUGGGUGGCAAGACAACCUUUGUCAAGGCAGAUGUGACCAAGUACGGGGACCAAUUGGCUGCUUUCGAGCAAACUUUCACGAAACACGGCCGCUUGGAUUUCGUCUUCGCAAACGCUGGCAUCGCCGAGAAGGCGGAUUUCUACGAUAAGCCUGGCGCAUGGCCUCCGAAACCACCACCAAUGCUUUCGCAGGAGGUGAAUUUGACGGGUGUGGUAUAUUCCAGCUAUCUGGCAAUGCACUUUAUGCGCCAGAACGAAACCCCUGGGGGAGUUAUUGUCAUGACAGCUUCUGCUGCUUCUCUCUAUGCAUCGCCGGAAUUACCCAUUUACACAGCAUCAAAACAUGGGGUUCUGGGCCUCAUGAGAUCGAUGAGCCUGGCACUCCAUGAUGAGGGAAUAAGGGUGAACUGUACGCUACCCGGAGCAAUACGCACGAGUCUUCAUCCCGACCAGACAUGGUCGCAGUUUGCGCAUGGAGAUUUCACGCCGAUUGGGGAAGUGGUAGAUACCGUUGUAGGGCUCGUGAAGGACUCGGAGGCAACGGGCAGGGCCAUGGAGAUCAGCGCAGGGGAAGUCUUUGACCGAAAACAGCCCGACUUUUCAAAUGGGACCAUGGCAAGGAUUAUGAAUGGAGCCUCGUAUUGA